AUGGCCGCACCAUUCGCGCCCGAGGCGUGGGCGGCGGCGGCGGCGACGACGGCUCUGGGGCCCCACGCGGCGGAUCCAGGCGGCCCCGAAGCAGAGGAGAUCCACACUGGCGGCGCUGGCUGCCGACCGGCCAGGGAGGUGGCGGCGGCAGGGGCGCCAUGGAGGCCGCCCGCAGCAGCAGCAAAGGCCGGCGGCGCUGGCUGCGCUGGCUGCCGGCCAGCCAGGGAGUUGGCGGCGGCAGGGGCACCAAGGGGGCCGCCCGCAGCAGCGGCAAAGGCGGCUGCAGGGUGGCUCCACGCGCACGGCGCAGGAGCAGAGGAGGGAAGGGGAGGAAAGUGGAUGAGGGAAGGGGGCGCCGGUGGCCAGCCAGCCAUGGCGGCGGCGGCGGCUAGAUGA